AUGGCUGGACUAUCACAAGAGAGCGGGGAAGGCGGGGAGAGCUGGAGAGAGAUGCCGAAGAGCAUGCAGCACGGAGGUCGGAUCUAUCAUCAGAACAAUGCCGAGAAGCACCUUGAACGUAGGCAAGCUUUUCAUCAUGCUGUUGCCCCAGCAGAGAGCAGGAAGCUCAGCAAGUUGGAAGAAGAAGAGAUCAGGGAGACGUGGAGGAAACUUGAGUACGAUCACAACAUGGAGCAUCAAGACAAGAACCUUAGCUCGAGGAAGACCAGAGAAGCAUCUGGGCUGACCGAGAGGAUGAUCAGAAGGAUGUACACUGAGGUCCUCCCACGGGACAAGACUCCUCACGUCGAGAAUCUGAAAUCAAACGACGAUGUGGGAAAGUAUGGCAUCUGCAUUGUACACGACGGCGACGUCGAAAACUUUCAAGUCACAUGCAGCACACGCUUCAGAGGAAGAGGCUGCAUUUCGCAUCUGCUCUGGACUGAGGAGGGUUCCCACUCACUGUCAAGGUAUGGUGAGCUUGGCGAAUACAUCAUGGCGUUUGCGAGCGAGAUUUUGGCUGACAGCACAGAGAUUGAGACCACACUGGCGUUUGGUUGCAGAAAGAUCGUUGCACUUGGUUGCACCAACCAAUCCAAAACCCUCCGACUGCACAAUGGUGAAUGGAUUGCAGACUUUGUGUACCUGAAGGGAUUCCUCGAGGUCAGGAGGGUGACAAUGACAAUCAAUUUUCAUGUUGUGUGUGAGAUGACAGAAUACAAGCUUUUGGACGAACACACCAUGAAGCUCUUGGACAAACUCACCAUCGUCUCCACCAGAGUUCUCCCGAGCGCCGACAAUGCCCUCUCGCACCUUGUGAACCCGUCGUUAGUGGAGGCGAUCAAGAGCCAGCGGGUCAUUCAGUCGCAUCUUGUUGUUGGCUUGCCAUACGACAUUGCCUUGUACUCAGAUCUACCAGCCUGCUCCUGCCUCUCCUCGUGCUCUCGCUCGUCGUCGUCGUCGUCGUCGUCGUCGUCAUCAUCAUCAUCAUCGUUAUCGUUGUCUUCCAUCUCCUCGCCAUCGCAGACAGCAAUGACUCUCAUAGGCAACAAGACAAACAGCCGCAGAGAGAAAGCGGGAGGCAGUUUCAUGGCAAGCGCAGCAGAGAGCAGUAUUGCUGCCUUUGUCGGGCUCAACACAAACUCAAAGUACUCCAGUUCGAGCUAUGAAUGUGAUCAGAUGCACGAGGCUUACUUGAGGAACCUGAACAAGGAUACCUUAUCGUGUGUUGUUUGCGACGAAGGCAUGAUGAAAGCUUGCGUGUUUAUUGGAGAUUCUGUCGACUUUGCUGUCAUCUCCAGUUUGACUUCCAUGCGUGAGGAAGAGGAUGAAGUCAUUGUCGUGAAUUGA